CUUGUACUCCUACUUUUCUCUUCAGUCAUCGUCAGCCCUACGUCUACUUCUCUCGAACAGCUUUCAGCACGGAAUACACCUUCUGACUUCCUUUUGAGCAGCGAAGUCGGAGUUGAAGAUGGUGAUGAACAGCCGUUCUCAAGAAUAAGCGAAACCUUGAAUCUCAGUCGCUGGGCGGGUCAGGACAGGCUGUCACACAUGGACAGGAUGGGUCCAGAUCAGGAUCAGGGCCAUGAUCAGGCCUUACAAGACUUUCUGCGUCGAGCUGUCGCCAGCUCGUCGUCAUCGUCGACAGCUGUAUCUGUAUCCGGAAUAUAUGGAUAUCACGAUCAAGGUCUGGAUCAGAAUCGAGGUGGAGGUCAGCUCACAUUCGGGUCAGAGCCGAACUAUGGGUACGGAGUUGGAACUAAAGCAGGAGGAGGAGGACAUGAUGGGAUGAAAGUAGGAUCUGGGACCGGACAUCAGAUGGGCGACGGGGACGGAAUGGCCACGAGCACCAGCAGGAUCAGGACAAAUGGGGGUCGAAACUUUUCAGGAAUAUCUACUUCUACGGCCGCUUCAGCCUCAGCCUUAGGUUCGGCGCAUAAAAGAAAAAGGAGACGAGCCGAUGAGACUCGUCAUGCACUCGAUCGGCCUGUGGACCACCAGUACCAUCGGCUACAUAAUCAGUCCAACCCAAUCUUGGAUCCCGAUCUGAACAGCAAUAUGAACAUGGAACGGGGGUCCGAGGCUGGGGAGACUCCUCGGUCCCGAUAUUCAGAUGAUGAUGAGGAUGAGGAUAGUCUGGAGGAUCAGGGGACUUAUGAACCGACGGCUCCGACGCCUUUGCCGUUAUCGCUACCUGAACCUUCUGAUCAGGGGUAUCGCCGCUUUUCUCGGCCCACACACUCAACACAACUAUAUCAUCUCGAUGUCGAUCCGCAAUCUGAUUCCAAUUCUCACUCGCACCGCAAAUCCACCACCACCGCUUCGAACCCUGAUGGUACCGUAAUAACGACAGCCAAACGCCGAGGUCGACCCGCACUCCCUCCCGAGGAACGCGACGAACGACGUCGAGAACGAGCCCGUCAGAGCGCUGCCGAGACGAGACGCAAGAAACGGGACGUCGAAGGGGAACGCGAGUGGUGGAAAGAGGUCGAGAUCGAAAAGGCGGUCUUGGAGGAGAAAUAUCGGACAUUGGUCAGAGAUCACACCGCCCUGAAAUCACAAGUCGCCUCCAUCCCCUGCCUCUCUCUUCUCAACCCCCACCUAGCUCAGCUCGUCAACGCUCCUGCGUACCCGCUCGCAGGUCCUGACGGACCGAUGCUCCAGCUCGUCCUUCCCUUGUUGCUUCAGACGAUUGGGAGAGGCGAGAACGGGAUCGACGUGAAUGCUCUGAUCGGCUUGAUUCAGGGUCAGAGUCGAAAUCAGACUCGGAAUGAGCAGAUGGGAGCAGCGUCGAUGACGGGCUCGACGCCUGUUCCAGGCCCAAGCAGAAUGCAAAAACAGACGAUUGACCGAUCUGGUUUGACCAGUAACGGCAGUACCGAAACCCACUCAGCUACAGCGGUCAAACGCAAAUCAACCGAAAGAAGGCGAUCAGAACGGGAAGUCUCCCGCCAAGACGAUCGUCUAGAUGACGGGAGUACAAGCACGGACUCGGCACAAUCGACACCGAGGGCUGCCAGAAGACGUGUCAAGCGGGUUAGAAUGGAAUUGGAGAAAGAGGAUGACAACGCGGAUCCCCAUCUCGAUUUCGAUCGCCGCUCGCCAGCUGGGCAUGACGAUGCAUUCGACGAUGGUGGCGAUGCCCUCCAGUAUGAUACCGGGGGGUUGAACGAAAACAUGGGCAUGCCAGAAAGUCCUGCCAACCUGAACACUACUCCUACCCGCUCACCGAACGCGCCACGAACAUCGAUUCUCAUGUCGCUACGAAAGCGAACUCAACCCAGCAUCCUUCCUGAACCCAUUCCCGCCACCCCAAUCGACUCGGAUGAGGACGAUGGAGAUUUCGUUCCCGAGUCCGAGUUGGAUGAUAAUGGUCCUACGCCGCGAAACGAGCGUGGAGGCGAUGAUCUAGGAAGCAGCCCGGGGACGUACAACGAGACCCCUCGGACUGGGAUGGAGGGCGAGGAAGAAGACGAGGAUGAUGACGGGUUCGAAUUCGAUCCGGCCGACGAGGACUUUAGUCAACCGAUCGUCGAUGUCGCUGUGCCCGCCGGGUUCGGGGCAGCGUGGGCGCAGAGUACGUCAGCAGAGCUGCGCGAGGUGAUGAAGGAACCUACGAUCGGACACGAGGAGAGGGACGAGUUGGUGGCCAGGAUCAGAGCCGAGAUGGAUAAGACACCUCGAGGAGAAUAGCCCUGCUCAGUCCUGAUCGAAAGACACGUGACACGAUUGUUGACAAAGUACAAUCAGCUCAUGGACGGGAGCGAAAAGUCCAAUCAGCGUGUCCUGGUUGCGACCGUCAGAAACAUAUAAGCAGGAUGGCAAGAUCGGACUUUGUAAACGUGACAACCUAUGCGCAUACCAUCUACCGCUCGC